AUGGCGUUCGUAUCGGAGGAUCGGGUAGACCUGCUCGAGGAAAAGAUGCGUUCGAAAAUCGAGACCAUGACCGGUUUCAAGGAUCUCGAGGGGAAGAGCCGCGCUCUCGAAAAAGUCUUCAAGUACUUUGAUAUUGGACUGACCGGGCGGCUCGACUACAAUCAGUUUUUCGCGGCGAUGACGAGGCUGAACUUCGUUGGCGUUCAGCGAGAGCUGGAGAGCUUGUUCGACCGUUACGACGAGGACUGCUCCAACACCAUCGACUACAAGAACCUGUGCGACCACAUCUUCGAAAUGGGAGAACACAUCGCUAUGAACUCAACUUCGCGGUCAAUGAUCGAACGGUUCAAGGCGCAAAUAUUCGAACGCGGGGGAGUGAGCGGCCUCCUGGCGCUGCGGAAGCAUCUGGACAGCAUGGACCUGAACGGCUCGGGGCUCUUGGAGAGGUCUCAGCUGAUCCAGGCCCUGACGAACUUCGGCAUCGACGUGGACGACGGUCCGGGUGGAGACAUCGAGAAGAUCAUGGGGUUCUUCGACCGCGACGUGGUGGGCCGAAUCAUCAUCCACGAGUUCCACAGAGGGCUGCGGGGAAACAUGCCGAAGAGGCGCCAGCUGGUGGUGAAAGGCGCGUACGAGCGUCUGUCUGCAAACUUCGGUGGUUCGGUGACGAUGGAUGUCAUCCACAGGUGCUACGACCCCGCAUCACACCCCGACGUGGCUAGCGGAAGACUAAGUCCCGACGAAGCCUUCGACGACGUAACGUGCGCUUUGCGUCGCAGGGACGACGACAGCAGCAACGAACACAGCGAACAGCAGAUGGCGGUGCUCUUCUGCGACUUCAUGGACUACUUCCGAGACCUCUCGGCGGCGAUCGAGAACGACGACUACUUCCAGGCGGUCACGCUCAACGCGUGGGUGCUGCCCGCCCAAGAAUGCCCGGCAGAAGGCUACGACGACGGCAACAAGAACGCCAACAACAACAACAACACCCGCAGCUGCCGAGCGCUCGUCACGCACCCGGACGGCGUACAAGAGGUCCUAGAGAUCGAAAACGGUCGAGGCAUCGGGGCAGAGGACCACGACCUCAUGCGCAAGCGGCUGGAAGAGCAGGGGGUGCAGGACAUCGCGUCGGUUUCCCUGCACGAACAAUAAUAAACCGAAAGCGUCGACGACGUGCUUGGCGAAACCAGAAAAUCGACUGCAUCCAUCCGCCCUGGCCUCGGAGGAAAGCUCUUGUCUUUCCCCUUCCUCCACCACCACGCGAAGCAAUUCGGCGAGGUCGAGGAUUGGCAUGCAUCAUCGAGAAUGUCAAUAGAGAGCACGAGCUUUUGGGCAGCUGGAAGCUCCUGCUAUUAUUUUUGCGGAUGUUUAGUGUGUACAGUAUGCGUUUCCUUUCACGUGCUGGUUGAUGCUACGGGGUUGCGCUUUUUCACGCAAACAAACUUUACGGACUGCCAAGAUGGGGGAGGGAUGAGGAUUCAGCAGCAAGCAAGCGUGAUUAGGGGUUUUGGUCGUGUCGUGCGCGGGUUUUGGAUUAUUUACAGCGCACUGUAUUUCGUGAAAAGGAGACAGUAUGCUACCGUUUUUGUAAUUCAACUGUUUCGCGCGGCGCAGAGAGAGGCGCUUAGUUUUCGCAGGCGUCGGAGUGGUCGUGGUGGUGGGAGCAUGCAUAUUUUUCGACGUCCACCUGCAAACCCAUCAAAACUCUUCAGUUAUUAUGGCGCCCCCCCCCUCCCGGGAGACGGUGGCGUACCAAUCCCGCCGCCGCCGCCGCCAGGAGAAGUGAAUCGACAACGGCACAACAACGGAACACCCUGUCGCACGGAACAUUGAGUGAGAUAGUACGUGACCCACGCGAGCUCGGAGAGCGGAGGGAGGGGGGGAGGGUCGCAAAGUGGUCGCAGAAAAGUCGAUCGCGCCCGCGGUGGUCCAGCCGGCGUUGGUUGUAGCUAGGUCGGGAAGGUUCGAAUCUCAGCAAACAACGAGUUUCUCGCGCAACUCGAGUCUACCGUACCACAGCAGUAUUAAUGUGGCGUGGUUACGGGGGGCGGCCGCAGGGCGUGUCUGAAACCCGCCACUCGUUUCCCCGCGCAGGAGCGAGCGAGGAGAGAGAGCGCCUGCGAAAAGCUCGCGCUAGAACAAUCGCCCCCGUUGCAAAACGAGUCGUCGGUCGUUGGUGGUGUUGUGUGCCACGAGACACACACACCAAAGGCCAAGGAGAGCGAGUGAGACUGCAAGAAUCCCAAAAAGUAAAAAAAAUGGAACGCAUCGAUGGCGUACACGAAGAAGAAUAUUAGACACCUUGCUUGGAAGAAAUGGCAUAAAACAGGUGCGUGCACCAUCUGGUUGUUGCGCGAGAGAAAACUCGCAGUAAACACACGUAAAAAAUUGCUGGGCCUGUUCAUUUGAGAAAGCGAGGGCAUAAUACGGAGGGAAGGAGCUGGGGAGCCUUGUCUUUGUCUCGUCAACAACCAAGGUUUUGCCCCGCAGAGGAUUGUUUUGUCUGGGGGGGACCCCGAAUGGAGAGUUCUUCAGCGAGAGACGCAAGCCGUGGCGCACUUUGUCGGAGCCACGGGUGACGAACCGCAUCGCGAAAAAAAAAAGAAGAGUGGUCGCACAAGAUGAAAACCGUCAGAUGAACCAAAUUUUAAUUUUGUUUCUCUUCGGGAAUUUCGAAGUUUUCAACAGAUGAGCACGACCGACCGACUGACUGUAGGCAUGUUGCGUUGCUCCAAGAAGGUAGGUAUGUGUGGAGAUUCGAGUCAGUCAUGUCCUCCGGGAACACGAGGAGGGCAGGCAUCGCUGGCUGCCAACGCGCAAGGCCCGGGGAAUGCGGAUGUAUGCAGAUACGACGCGAAACUAUGCACACGCCGUGAACAAUUUGCACCACCCAUAAAAGGCUCGUGACACGCUGACGUGGUUCACAGCCACACCCGGCAAAAAGCAGCGAGACAUCAAUUAUCCGUCUAGAUUCAUCGAAAAAAACAACUUUUUCAUUUCUUCCCUCGGUUGACAGGAAACCGGGCAGCCUGGCAAGCGACCUCCCUCCCUCUCUACCGACCGACCGACUCGAUGCCAUCGUCUUCCUUGCCUACCUACGCUCUCAAACGAAUUCGCCUUGAGAAAAACAACGAUACAACAGGAGCGAAAAAAAAAGCGGGGACACGGGCAGCCAUUC